AUGUCCCCUCCCCGCAGAGACAUCAUGUCACACAUGUCUAACCGUCCCUCGUCAAGCAGGUCUCGUGGCCCAGCACCCAAGAUUGUCGUGAAGAAGGAACCCAACUCGCCCGACAUGCCCACCACCACGCGGCACCGGCCCCAGCGCCUCAACCUCUCCAACAACAACAUUGUCCACACCUCGGGCGCCCUCACCGCACGGCCCGCCGCUCAGGGCAGUGCGAACCUCUUGGACAUGGGGCUUGCCUGCCUGUCCCCGGGCUUCCACACCCAGGAUCCCACCAUGCGCGAGCAGCUCCAGCGCAGUCUGGACGUAAGAGAGCGCCAGAGACAGAUCAUCGAGGCUCGCCAGAAGCACGGCGGCAAGGGACCAGAGGACGAUCAGCCCACCCCACGACAGGGCGACACCACUGGUGCCUUUGGCCGACCCAUCAAGACUCCUCAGACAUCACGGAGGAAGGGACCACCCCCAGGUCUGUCCAUCGCUCCUCCCCAGGCACAGCAGUUUGCACACGACAGGGUGAUCCAGUCUGCUCCCAUCAACCAGACCUUCACUGGCCUCCGCGGCAAUGCACCUCCCUCAAGACAGCUCGCCAACGGCCCCUCGAACCUGUCGCAAACAUCACAUAUCCACCACGUCCCUGCGCAGCAAACCAGCAACCGUCUACCCCCCAUCUCAGACGUAUUCCCAGAGCCCCUCCAGACGGCGCGGCACCCCUACCAUAACAGCAGCCCGGGCCACUCUUCCCACUCCAAUGUUCAGCCCCCAAUGCCCUCGCCAGGCUUUCCGCCCCAAUACCAACAGCCUGCGCCUCCCACGUCACGGCCCCGCGAGUACAAGUCGGCCGAGGAGGCCGUGGCUUCGCUCUCCGGCGGUCGGGAAGACCUCCUUCCCCGCCUAGUACAUUACGGCGGCCACCAGCCCCCAACUCCACCUUCACCCAUGCCCAACAAGGCCGGCUCAUCAGCAUACCCACCGCACGCCGACCUGCACCGCAGCGGUAGCACAAGGAGACGUGGCCGUGACGAGUACGAACAGGACAACGGCACACCGCCGCUCGGCCGUCAACAGGCCCGCCUCGGACCCUUUGGAGCCGGCCGUGAUUCACCCGACACGCAACUGAAGAAGAAGGAAGAGUUUAUCGGACUCUGUGCAAGAGCUUGGGACCUUUUCCACUCGUAA